CUUGAGCGGCUCGGGUUUGUCAGCUUUCGCCUGUUCGCUGAUUAGCUUCACAGGAAACGGAGAAACAUUUAGCCAGAAACACUGCACUGUUGGAGAAUUUAAACGCGUUUCCAGCGAGAUGGCUGCAAUCCGAAAAAAGCUGGUGAUAGUUGGAGAUGGUGCAUGUGGGAAGACUUGUCUGCUUAUCGUCUUCAGUAAGGAUCAGUUCCCGGAGGUCUACGUCCCCACUGUGUUUGAAAACUACAUUGCUGACAUUGAAGUUGAUAGCAAACAGGUGGAGUUGGCCCUGUGGGACACUGCAGGCCAGGAAGACUACGAUCGACUGCGGCCCCUCUCCUACCCUGACACUGACGUUAUCCUUAUGUGUUUCUCUAUAGACAGCCCUGACAGUUUAGAGAACAUUCCAGAGAAAUGGACACCUGAAGUGAAACACUUCUGUCCCAACGUCCCCAUCAUCCUUGUGGGCAACAAGAAGGACCUUAGAAAUGAUGAACACACACGUAGGGAGUUGGCCAAGAUGAAACAAGAACCAGUGAAGUCUGAGGAGGGCAGGGACAUGGCGAACCGUAUCAGYGCUUUUGGUUACCUGGAGUGCUCAGCCAAGACGAAGGAUGGUGUGCGGGAUGUGUUCGAGAUGGCCACCAGAGCAGCACUGCAGGUCCGCAAGCGCAAGAAGAGGGGUGGCUGCCAGCUACUGUGAAGGGGGCCAGUAUCUAUUGGUUCAUCAGCACCUAUGGGAGGACCCUCCCAGACACACAGAGCAAACUUAGAAAAAACCUAAAUCAAUGGCUUCCAUAGACUGUACUUACUCUACAGAUGCAAGCAAACAUAAAAGACUGCCACAUCUGUUUAAAAGCAAAACAAAUCAGCCCUUUUGUUUAAGUUUUCUUUUACAACUCACCUACUUAUUGUUUCCUGUUGUUUUUUUAUUUUUUUGCAACAGCACAUCAGCCUGCUUGUGUUAAGGACUGGACCCUUCUUUCUGUAUGAAUGUAUGUUUCUAUUUAAAUGUGCAUAUUCUUUAAAAAUGCCAAGCGUCUGCCUGUGUGUCACGAUUAUUUGUUUACAGAGAGUCCUGUGGGCUCCUCCUGCCCACUAACGACAUCUCUUUAUUUUCAGCCAUAAGGCUGUUUUAGAUUUGUUGCCUUUUUGUGCUUUUCCUGAACUUUCUUCCAUGUACCACUUCAUUACGUUUUAUACACCAGCUUCUGUUGCAUUCUUCUGUGUUGGAUCACUAUUAAUUUCAUACACUAAAAUUUGUUCUGUCAGCAGAACCGUAUUUUACAAUUUGUUCAUCCACUAAAGACUAAAAUUGGCCUGUUCACACUUGAUGAAUCCACUGUAGCCUACAUGCAGAACACUGAAAAAGCAGCAAAGUAUUUGUAGGGAGAAUCUUUGGGCUGUAACUCUUGUUCAUGGUGAUGGCUUGAACUGGCACUAGAGACAGUGGUCUGUUGUUGUGGACAGUACUGGCAGCUGUGCUCACUCUGGUUCCAGCAGACAUCAACAAAGCUUUUCCCUCAACUACAGUGCAGCCUCCUGUCUGAUCUCAGUACUGUUUCAAAUGCAGUGUGCAGUAAUCCAGCCUCACUGCACUGAGUUUACUGAGGGUGGAUGUACUCUGUACACAUUUAGAUUUGUUUUUUAAAUACAAGAUACACAACUGACAGCCACUUUGGCAGCUCAUUGUCAUUAGGAUGAUGCUAUUCGUUUCAAACAACCAAGAUCAGGUCUAUUGGCCAUUUGAAACUGGGACUUUUUUGUUGCACAAAUAGUAUUAAUGGUGUUUGUCAAAGACAAACACAUCCAAGUAGGUAGUUGUUUGCAGUUUAUAUACUUUUUCUAUCACAUCUUGAGAAAAUGCAUAAUCUGGAUUCAGUUCUGCAUAGAAAGACCCCUAACCACCUGUAUGUUGUUGUACUAAUGGCCAACUGGUCUUGCCACGGUCAUAAACUAUAACUGUUUGCCUUUCUUCUGUAUAAAACUUUAGGAUCAACAGAUUGGAAUGUAGUGGGCCUAGUCUAAUAUCUGGACAGUCCCAGUGUUCAGUAUCAGACCUCUUUAAAAAUGAUUGAUGCUUUGCAAAUAGAAGUGGAAUGUGUUGAAUUUGUGUAUAAGGGGAAAAAGACAUUAAAAGUAUUUUUGAAAUUCUA